AUGCAAAGUCUUCACCUUCCCCCACACGUCUCCCGAAGAGUCUACAUCGUCCUCCUACCUGAAAAAUCCACAAAAUACAUUGCAAUAUGGCUUCCGACUGCUAUAUUGGCGAACUUAAUUGUAACUGGUCUUGUUGGUCUUAUAUCAGUGGACCUUUUAUAUGCUUGGUACCGAAAGGGAUGUAAAGAACGUCUUCUCAACGAUUUUUUGGAAAAGUAA